AUGGAGUUAGCCGAACGAGAGGCUAAGAGAGCUUUAGAAAAACUGAAAAUAGAAUCAGAAGAAAUGGUUAAAUUAAAAACCCUCGAACUGGAGCAACAAAGUUUGGGAGCAGAAGAAGACUACACCAAAUUAAAACGAGAAGUUCUGAAACAUUUUGGGCUGACAGAGUCAGGCUACAUCAAUAGGUUUAACUCAUCCAAAGCCAACUCUGAGGACAAACCAGGAGGCUACAUUAGGAGAACUAGACAUUAUUUGAAGAGAUGGGUCGAACUAAGCGGGAUAGAGAAAACUUAUGACGGUCAGUUUGAUCUGAUUCUUAAAAACAAAAUCUUAAGGUCAGUAAAUAAAGACAUAAGGCAACACAUACUAAUACAUAACCCUAGGACUGUUGACGAGGUGGAGAAACAGUGUGACAACUAUUUCGCUAUAUUCCCGACGAAACAGCUAGGCGACUCUCCAGAUGCACCGACAGAACUUAUAGCUGCAAUAGCAGAACCAAUGCCAUCAGUCUCAAAAGUUGACCGACGUCUUAGUAGAUCAAAUUCACCGCACUUCAGACACAGCUAUAGACACAACACACGUAGCUCGAAAUCACCGAUAUACAGACACCAUCCUAGGGACAACUCUGGACCUCGCCGAUCACAAUUCACAAGAUAUAGACAGAAUUCUGACUCAGACAGUGAUAGUUAUGUCCAGUCACCCGGUCCAUCUCGACAAACUACACGGACUUAUAACAACUUGCAUCGAUCACAAACUAAAUGCUUUUCAUGCGACUUAAAGGGCCAUAUAGCAGCUGAUUGUGAUGUCGAUACCGAGUGGACUCAACGACAGGGGCGUAAGAAAUCACCGAAGGUGGAUAAGAACCGAAAUAAACAGAAGGUCAGUUUUAGAAACAACAAAAGAUGUCUAAGCCCGGAGUUUAGCGGAGAGUGCGAAGAUUGCGAACAGUGUAUCAACCAAAUGAAGUUUACAUUACCGAUAAGGAACAUUGUUAGCGAUCAAUGGGAAAAACGUUGUAAGGGAAAACUACCCAUCGUCUCAGAGAAAUUAGUCAAUCAGACAGUUACUGUUUUGCGCGACACAGGUUCUGUAGUCAUAGCGUGUAGGAAACAAUUAGUGGACAGAAGUAGAUGGAAUCGUGACCUUAUAGUCGGCAAUGUAGGGGGAGCCAAGCCUCCAACUAACGAAGACCUUGGUAUUAUCGCUGCUGUAGAAACAAGAGGGCAAGCCAGAAAUAAGAACAAACUAGAUGGGAAACAAACUUAUAACACCCUAGGCAAAACUGUAUCGGCUGAAGAAUUUAGGAAACAACAGUCCAACGAUGAUACCCUAAAAAAUUGGUGGAAGUCUGCAAAAAAGGGCGACGACACACCCAUGGCCGGCCACAUAGGGUUGGCUAGAACCAAAGCCCGGAUCUUCUCAGAGUUUAGAUGGCCAGGCGCAGCUGGAGACAUAAGAAAGUACUGCUACAAUUGUGACACAUGCCAGAAAGGCAAGAAGAACAUCGGCAAUAAAGCGCCGCUAGGUAGAUCACAGGUGGUUGGACAACCAUUCGCCAAGUUAGCCAUUGAUAUUGUAGGACCUUUAAUGCUUACAAAGAAGAGAAAUGGGUUUAUCCUAAAGGCUAUAGAUCUAUGUACACGAUGGCCUGAAGCGGUACCUCUCAGAAGUAUAACUGCAUCUGAAGUUCAAAUUGCUCUAGUCUUAAUUUUUAAUAGAAUGGGAUUCCCUGAACUUAUCUUGUCGGAUAAUGGUUCCCAUUUUACGUCAGAAAUUUUCAACAAGGUUUCAAAGCUGCUAGGUAUUAAACUUGUGCAUUCAUCGGCGUACCACGCCAUGUCAAAUGGGGCAGUUGAAAGAUGGAAUGGCACUUUCAAGGAAAUGCUGAGAAAAAUCACAGCAGAUAGACAGGAAGACUGGGACGAAUUUAUACCGGCAGCUCUGUUCGCCUAUAGGGAAGUCCCAAAUGAAAUCACUGGCUAUUCACCCUUCGAAUUCAUGUUCGGUACAAAAGUUAAGGGACCUAUGAACAUACUCAGGUCCAUUUUUACAGGCGAAGGAACUAGAGACUGUAAAACUGGCAAUCUUAAGGCGGUAUUAACUAACCUUUUGGCGGGGGAUAAGCCAGACAAAGUUGUUUGGACAGAGGAGUGCAACAGGGCUUUUGGGCUGAUACAUGAGCACUUAAACUCAGAGCCUGUCCUUGUCCUGGCCGAUAUUACCCAACCGUUCAUACUCAGGACGGACGCCUCAGCACGCGGCAUAGGCGCAGUGCUACUGCAGGCUAAAGAGGGGGUGCUGCGGCCCGUCAAAUAUGUCAGCAGGAAGUUGCUGCCGCGUGAGACGAGGUACUCAACAUUUGAGAGGGGAUGUUUGGCCAUUAUCUGGGCAGUGGGGAAGCUAGCACUGUACUUAAACAACGUACACUUUACACUCCAAACGGACCAACGAGCUUUGAAGUAUUUAAACAACUGUAGUUACAGCAACUCUAGAUUAACUCGAUGGUCUCUAUUGUUACAAGAAUUUAAGUUUACUAUAGAGCAUAUACCAGGAAAAGAGAAUAUAGCUGACAUGCUAUCAAGGGAAUUGAGAGAAUGA